ACAGUAUAUUAAUUUAAUAAUAAAAAAGAAUAAAAUUAAUAAGAAAUAAUCGAUUAAUUAUUCAACAAUAAUUAAAUUAUUGUAAGAAUAAUAACAAUAAUACAUCGCUCAAUCGAAGAUGUCUUCGUGGUGGAUAAGAUCAAGAUUUAAAGAAAGUAUCUUAGAAAAUACAAUAAACGAAGAAAUUUUAAACAAGAGAACAAAAAUGAGAAUGAAAAUGAAAAAGGAAGAAAAGAAAAGGAGAGACGAAGAAAAAAAACUAGAAAAGGAAAUUCGAAAAAUGAGGGAGACAACUUACUCAUCCUUUGGAAUGGGUGAUGAUAAGAUUGAUGCUGCGUCUUUUAGAAGUAUGCCAUGUUCUACAGAACAUGCUCUACAUCUCGGAGAAUCCUUUCAGCUUCAAAAUCAAUUUCGAAAUUUUCAUCGUUUAGUAGUAACUAAGCCACCAUGUAGUGAAGAAUCUCCAUCAGAUAUCGUUUACCCAGUUGUAUCUUCUGAAAAUGGAUACAAAUGUGAGCAUGUGAGUGAUGAUAGCGCAGAAGAAAGUAGGGGCGAUGAAGAUAGUUAUGAUGAUAAAAAAUUCAAUAGAUAUUUCAAACAGAUUUAUGAAGUGAAUGAAUAUGGAGAAUUAAAAGAAUCAGAAUCAAGAGAAUUCACAGUUGUUAAAGAACAAGAUUCCAUUCGUUCGGUUCAAUCGGAUAAUCAGUCCAUCAUUUCCUGUAUUAAAAGAUUUACAUUAGGAAAUCGCCCAGAAUUAUCUCCACUUAAUUCUCGUAACAUUAAUAACAAUUGUAUGGUUCCUGAAAAGAAAGUGAAAAAGAAAACUUAUGGAUGUGUAUUGCUGUAAUUUUUAUUGGUUCAUCAUUUUCAUUUGACACAAAAUUCACUAAAAGUAAAAUAUCGUAAUAACAAUAUGCAAUAAAUGAUCUUUUUAACGAAAAUAUUUUCUUUAAACAAUCGCUCUCGCCGACUUUCAAAAUACUGUAAACCCUAAUUAAGAUAGAUGUUUGUACUUGCAUCUAUAAAAUAUAACAGGAAUAUAACAGUUAUCUUCAAAGUAUAUUUUAAAAAAUUACUACAAAUUUGCUUUUGAUUCAAUUAUUUCAUGCGAUUAUGUAGGACGUUUUUCAUUUUCUCGUUUCUCGCUCUCGCUAAAGCUGCGUUUAUGCAGAUGCGAGAAAUGCAAGAGUAGAGAUAAAAACAGGAGGAGUGGAAAAACCAAGAGAACCAAAGACACGUGUUUACAGGAGUAGACUACUUCUCCUUGUUUUCCCUCUAGUUGCAACUGUUCUAUUUAUAUACUGUAUUCUUAUAAAUUUUGUGGAACUAUUGAUAUAAUUAUUGUUCGGCUUGAUAAAUCUCAAUGUAAAAAGUCCAUAAAAUCAGAAAUUCAAGUUGUGCAAGAACUUGUAUUCUAAUCCAUUGCGUAACACAGUUACGAAGUAUUACAACACA